AUGGAUUAUAUACAUUAUUAAGAAAUGCGUUAAUUAGAAGAGGUGAGUGCUUAUAAAAUGAAAGGUAUGCUAUGCUAGAGUGAUUUAGGCCUUUUUAGAGCAGGAAUAAAUAAAGAAGAGGCUUGUUUUAGCUAAGAAGGGGCUUAAAAUCAGUUGUUGAAUGAAUAGAGCAGCUUGGAAAAUAAAAGACUAAAAAAAUUUAUUUAUUAAUAACAGUAAAAUCGAGAAAUGUUAGCAAAGUAGGAAGAAUAUUUGUCUGCAAAUCAAUUAUAAUCCAAUAUAAGUUAACCCAACGCAAUCAACAGUGGUAAAUUUUAAGGGAUAUAGUAUUAAAAUAUAGAGGGAGAAUUAUGCGAAAAAGAAGUCUUAAGUAAAAUAUUUUGUGGUACAAGUACAGAUAAUUAACACUAUUAAUAGAAUAGUAACUUGGAUUACGAUAGAUAUGAUCAAUAAUAAAAAAAUUGUUUUUACACUAAUAAUGAAAAUGAAAUAGUUAAUGGUUAAAAAGAAAUAAAAUCAGGUUAUGAAAAUUAAGAAAUAAAAUAAUUUUAAAAAAUAACUUCAAUUGAUGUAAAAACAAAUCUUACUGAUUUGAAGAAAAAUAUAUAGAAAACUUAAGGUUAUUUUUAUAGUCUUAACUCACAAAUAUAGCCUUCCUUAAAACCUUCUUUUUUUUAAGGAGCACCUGCAAAUCAAUAAAUCUAAAAAUAAUAUUUACCUAAAUAAGUUAAGGAAUCAUAUAUUCAGAAUUUUGAUGUUUCUCCAAGGGCGAAUUUAAAUAAUUAAUUAAAAGAAAAAGUUUUUGAAAAUAUUAAUAAGCCUACUGAAUUUGAAACUAAACUUGAGAAAGAAGUAAUGAUGGGAAAGAUUAAUAAUCAUAUUUACUGUUCGCCAGAUAAUAACGAAAAUUUUUAUUACAUGAGCGAUCAAAGUCAGACAUGCAACUUGCCAGAAAAUCUUGAAGGAGAGAGCUAUUAAAACUAUCAGUUUUAGUAGCCAAAUACUGUUUUAUCUUCCUAUAGGGUUGAUGGGGGAAUAGAUCAUUUGGCCUACAAUUUUUCAAAAAGAUAAGAAAAUUAUUAAGUGGUUAAUGAAAUAUAUCAAAAGGAUGAAUAUCUAAUUUAUGGUUCUGAUAAAUUACAACCAUAUAAUUAGACACAAAUAUGUGAAGAUUUAGAAAAUCUUGUAAAUCCAUAUGAAAACGAUCCAAACAUCUUUGAAAAUUAAUAUGGAUAGCAGCAACUCUACUAAUUGGAUAGAGAAGAACAACUUUUCAUAGACUAGUUAGCUUAAAUCAGCCAUCAUAGCAUGGAAAAUUAAGGAGAUUUGUAUUUUUAGUAGUUUUCGACAUAACAAAAUUAUAAUUAUCCUCAAAGUUAUUAAUAGUAAAAAAUUAAUUAAAAUUCUUAAAUUGAGGAUUAAGUGUACUAAGAAUAGUAUCAGCCUUAGCAAAUUUAGUCAAUUAAUAAUUCUUGCGACGGUUCAUAUUUUUUAAAGCAGUAAUUAGCUUUAAAUCAUAAUAUAGCCAAAAAUGAAUCCAGCUCGAAAAUCGAAAACACAGAAACAUAAGAUAAUGCAAAUUUAGAAAGUUGCAGCAGUCUUGAAAAUAGCAGGAACUCAAAAAGCAGCAGUGUGACAAACUAGCAUGAUUUAGAAUACCUAACUUACAACUAAAACAACAGCAAGAAUAGCAUUGAUUAAAAUUAAGAUACUAAAUCAUAAUCACAAUAGAGUGAAGAUAUUGUAGAUUAAGUUAUUCAUUUAAAUAAAAAAAAUAUAGUUCGCAACAUAAUUAGAGCCUUUAAGAAGUACUUCCUAAAUAAGAAAGCUAAACCAUAGGCAGCUUUGUAGUUUUUCCCUGAACAAUCUUUAGAAGCUUCUAGAAACUAAUUUAAAUAAUAUUUUGCUAACAAAAAAUUUAAUAACUCUAUUCUCAAGUAACUUAUUGUUCACCCUAAAUAUGGUGAGAUAUUCAACUUUUUCCUCCUCAACAAAUCAAACGAAUAUCUCGAUCACUCCAACAUAAAGACAAAAAAGUCUCAUGAACUCUUUAUUAACUACUUAGUUUUGUGUUAUAAUGACCCUUAAAAACUAACUUACCUUGAGACUUACUCCAAAUUAUGA